AUGGGACAAAGCAAACUGAAUCAAGGCAACCGAGAAAUCGAUCUGGUUGUAACUCUCACAAUGCGACUGAAUGUUCAAACACUGGUUCUCGUUGUGCUAAGUCUGAGCACAUUCCAACCAGACCGUGUCGGUGCGUCAUACUGUCGCGGUUGUCCAGACGUGUUCGAUCAUUUUCUCGCUCGUCCCAGAGCAGCUACACAAGUGGUCCACAUCGAUCCGCGUGAGUACACUCGAUGGAAUUCGACUUUAUUCAAUCCAUUCGGAGAGCCGAUUUUCCAGGAUGAAACUGUCUAUUUGAUGUUCAACAAUAACCGAUUGCCCAUAGCUACAGAUUUGGGAACACUGAAUUUAAGUUCCCUGCCCAGACUCACUACCUUCAUUCCUUUAGUCGAUUUGAAGGACACAAUUAAUACGAUAUAUGAAAAUUGGAUCAAGUACACUGUCAAGGCGAAUUCCACUUCGAACGAGCCCAUUUUGUGUUUGCGUUUAGAUUCGUUACACUAUUUGAUGCGAUUCAUUGGAUUACUUUGA